CAAGUACUCAAGCAUACACUUGUUUUUUGACAGAAAAAAAAAAAAAUUACACACUUGUUUUAUAAGCACCGUGGUCUUCUUGCGCCGGUCUUCCGUUCGCCAUUAGCAUCUCUCUUGUGCCGAGAGACUUUUUGCGUUUCUCUACCAAUCCGCGCCAACUGUUUAAGCUGGGCUAGGGUUUUAGGGUCGCGAAUCGGAUUGGCAGACCGUAGAGAAUCUCCAAGCAUUGAUGCACUAGGACUUGAAGCUGAAUUGAUAGGGCAGCAUGGGAUUUGAUAAUGAGUGCAUAUUGAACAUCCAGUCUCUUGCCGGAGAGUACUUUUGUCCGGUUUGUCGUCUGCUUGUUUACCCAAAUGAAGCACUACAGUCGCAAUGUACUCAUCUGUAUUGCAAGCCAUGUUUGACAUACGUUGUGAGCACCACCCAGGCUUGCCCAUAUGACGGCUACUUAGUGACAGAAGCAGAUGCCAAGCCACUCACGGAGUCAAAUAAGGCCCUCUCUGAUACCAUUGGCAAAAUACUAGUUCAUUGCUUAUUUCACAGGAGCGGAUGCACAUGGCAAGGACCAUUAUCUGAGUGCACACCUCAUUGUUCUGGAUGUGCCUUUGGCAAUUCUCCUGUAGUAUGCAACCGGUGUGGAGUCCAAAUUGUGCAUCGUCACGUGCAGGAACAUGCACAAACAUGUCCCGGUGUGCAGCCUCAAGCGCAGCAGGCAGAGGGUGCUCUACACACUUCAGCUUCUGGCACAUCAGCAGCUACUGCUGAUCAAACCCAGGCUGCAAUUCAAACAGGAACAACUACAUCUCAGGCCCCGGUUUCUCAAACUAUAAGUGCCACUGCACCUGGAUCUGAUCCAAAUCAGAAAGCAAACUCAAGUUCUCAAGCUCAAGUGGCCGUGCCGACUGCUGAUCAAUGGUACCAGCAGCAGCAACAAUAUCAACAGUACUACCAGCAGUACCCUGGAUAUGACCCAUAUCAACAGCAAUAUCAGAACUACUAUCCCUAUCAACAGCCAGCAGUUCCACUACAACAGCAGGCUCAGCCACCAUAUGGGACCAUCCAGAAUCAACCUCAGACAUACUUGCAACCUCAGCCCCAAACUCAACCUCCGCCACAGCCCCAAACUCAACCUCUGCCACAGCCCCAAACUCAACCUAUGCUACAGCCCCAAAUUUCUCAAGCUCAAACUCAACCCCAAAUUCAGCUUCCAAAUGGCCAGGCUCCUGUUGUGGCUCAAACGCAAAAUCACGUACAAGCCAACCAACAGCAGCAACUCCACCCGACAGUGCAGACUUACCCAGCAGCUCAUGGGCAGACACAGCCAUAUUUCCAAGCUCCAUCUCAGUCACAGCCUCAUUCUCAACAGGUGCAAGUGCUUCCGUAUCAGCAGCCCCAAAUUCAGCAACAUACCCAGGCCCAUCUUCAACCGCAGCACCAUCCCCUUUCUCAACCCCAAUCUCAGUCACAAACUCAGCAACAGGCACAGGUUCAACACCAUCCCCAACUUCACCCUUCUCAGCCCAUGAAUGUUGCUGUCCAGCCUCAGGCACAGCAUCCACCAUCUCAUCCUGUGUCUGGCAAUAACUCAUAUCCUCAACCUCACCUUCACCAACCAGUGCAACACAAUAUGUACGUGCAAUCUCAAGGUGUGCCUCACUCUCAGUUGCAGACUCCUGUUCAAAUGCAGAAUCAGUUCCCUCAACAACCCCCACUCAUGCGUCCGCCUUCAUCUCAUACAACAAUUCCAAACCAGCAGCAGCCAGCUUUGUUGCCUUCAGCCGGUCAAGUCCAAAAUAUCAAUCCUGCACAGCAGCAGCCAGUUCCCUCUUAUGCUCAGCAACCUGGAAAUUCAGUCUACCAGCGCCCUAUUAUGCAAGCAGUUCAACAACCGAUGCCUCAGCAGUAUUUCCACCAUCAGCCAUAUGUACAGCAGCAACCAUCUACACAGUUACGUCCCCAGAGCCAAUCUCAUCCAUUCCCUCAACAUAUUCAUGCCUCUACACAGUCUCAGCAGAACAUUGCAUUGUCUCAGGGCAUUCAACAUACUCAGUCUAAUCUUGUCGGAAGACCUAUGAUGCCAAGUCAUGGAGUACAACCUCAGCCUUACGGACAAACUGCUGUUCAGGUGAGGCCAAUACAUUCUUCUGUAAACCAUCCAUCUACAAAUCAGAAUAAUAUGGUCAGAUCAAACAACCCAGUGCAAUCUGGAGCAAACUCGAGACCAACUAUGUCUGAGAGGCAAGCGGAGAAAGAAUCUGAGUCAUCAGGUCAGAAUGUUGCACAUGAUGCCGAAUUUAAAUCUGUGAAAUCUGAGAUGGGUAUGAAGUCCGUUGAUGAUGAGCAUAAACCUACUGGUGAAGUUAAACCUAAUCAGGGGGAUACAUCUUUCAAGGAGAUUCCAGAGUCUAGGGGCUUGCCGGGGCCAGAUCCAGAUUUACAUGCACUUGAUAAUGGAGACUCUGUAAAUAUCCCAAUGUUGAAGGAAGAGGGUGUGGAUAGUGCUAUGGAGCACUCAAGUAACGGUAAAUUGGGUGAAGUAGCUGAGGGCGCACAAGAAAUCCCAUCGGAAGAAGCUCAACUUCAUGAAGAACAGGGUCGAAGGUUGCAGAAGAAUGCUAGUGGCAUUCUGCAGCCUUCCAAUGUACAAGUACAAGCUGGCGGGGGUUCUCAAGCUGUAUCUACUUCAGUUCCAACCGUUCAAGUACAAGCUGGUGGCUCUACACAACCUUCACAUCUUGGACCAAUACAUCAUGGACCUACCCUACUCUCCCAAAGGCCUGGUGCACCUCCGCAUCAUACACAGGGGCCUGGGCACCCCUUGGCUCAUUUAAGACCUCAGGGACCUGCACAUGUACCUGGACAGCCUUUUCAUCCAUCUGAGCAUUUGCAACCACCUGGUCCCAACCCGGGUUUUGGACCAUCCUCUGGAAGGGGAGGUCAGUAUGGUCCUCAAGGUGUACCACCUCCUUCCCAUACAGGGGCUCCCAGGAUGCAAGGUGAACCUGUUGGAGGCCCUCCAUUUAGUGGAAUGGUGGCACCAUGUGGCCCUGAAGGUCAUAGGAGUUACCAGCGGCCUGCCUUUCAGAUUGAUCAAGGAGCAAUUGGACAGCCAUCUGGUAUCCCCCCAAAUAUGUUGAGAAUGAAUGGAACUCCAGGCCUUGACUCCUCAUCAGUUCAUGGGUUGAGGGAUGAAAGGUUCAAGGCUUUUCCGGACGAACAAAUGAAUCCCUUCCCAGUAGAUCCAACUUAUCGUGGAAUUGACCGGGUAGCGUUUGAAGACGAUCUCAAGCAAUUCCCUAGGCCUUCGUAUCUGGAUUCUGAUCCUGUUUCUAAAUUUGGGAAUUAUUCAUCAAGGCCCUUUGAUAAGGGACCUCAUGGGCUCAAGUAUGAUAUGGGUCUGAAUACAGAUCCUGCUGCUGGAGAUAGUGGGAGAAUGGAGCCUUCUCACGGUCAUCCAGAUUUUGUUGGACGACGCCAUGUGGAUGUUUUGGCUCCCCGAAGCCCAGUUAGAGAUUACCCUGCUAUCCCAUCUCAUGGGUUUAGAGGCUAUGGCCCUGAUGAUUUUGAUAGAAGAGACUUUCAUCGAUUUGGUGAUCCACAUGGAAAUUCAUUCCACGAGGGUAGGCUUUCUAAUUUUCCUGGUCAUUUUCGACGGGGUGAGUUUGAGGGUCCUGGUAAUAUGCGAAUUGUUGAUGGGCACCCUGGUCAUCUUCGGAGGGGAGAUCAUUUGGGUCCUCAGAAUGUGCAUAAUCAUUUGCAUUUGCGAGAACCUAUGGGUUUUGGUGAUCGUCAUCCACGGUUUGGAGACAUGACUGGGCCUGGGAACUUUGAAUCAUUUCGAGGCAAGAGGACAAGCCGUCCACGUCUUGGUGAGCCUGGAUUUAGGAGCAGCUUUUCACUUCAGAGAUUUCCAACUGAUGGAGCUUACACAGGAGAUCUAGAGUCUUUUGAUCACUCAAGGAAAAGGAAACCAGCUAGUAUGGGAUGGUGCCGGAUAUGUAAAGUUGAUUGUGAAACAGUUGAAGGUUUGGACUUGCAUUCACAAACAAGGGAACACCAGAAGAUGGCUAUGGAUAUGGUGCGAACCAUCAAGCAAAAUGCCAAAAAGCAGAAACUAACCUCUGGUGAUCAGUCCGUGGUAGAGGAUGAAAAUAAGUCAAAAAAUCCAGCUUUGAAGCCCGGGGAGAAAAGCAUUGAUGGAUGAUUGUGUGCUGCAAUGUGGAUCUCUUUGGUUGCAUUUCACUUGGGGUCUAAUUGUUUAUUUGGUAUUAUUGCGUUAGCAAUAUAGGUGAUGCACCCUUCCAUGCCUCUUUUUCUAGAUUCGGGGUGGUUUAUGCUAGUUUUGUCAUUUCAGGUUGCUGCCAUGUUAAUGGAGAUGGUAUUUGGAACUGGAGUUCAAUGGCAGUUAAGUUUGUUGUUUUUGAUUCUCAAGUUUUCUACUUUCACUAGGAUUGUUUUUCGUUGGCAUUGUCAUUAUCGGUUCAAAAGUGGUAUAUUGCUAUCACUUCCUUUUGCAUUUGGUACUAUUGAGAUGGCAUUGGUUUAUAGCAUUUUCGAAUGUAUGCUUGACUCUUUUAAUCUUAUUUAUUAAGUUUAUUCAA